UAUCCAGUUUGCCCCUACCGACCUGCCCCUAAGCAGAAGACUGCAGACGGCCUCGGUGCUACAGUGGGUCUUCUCCUUUCUGGGCCUGGGUGAGUCUGCCACUGUUCUGCUCUGUCCUGGGCUGUCUGUGUGUGCUGUGCAGCUGUGUUAGCUAGCCUUUCUUCCUCAUUUCUUAACAAGUGGGGAGCCUUGUGUCCAGUUCUGUUUGCUUAAUGGGUUGCUCGGUGUGGAGAAGUUGAAAUUGAAUUCGUUGAGAGUUUCCACUGCUGGCUGACUUCCAUGUGCCCAUGGAGUUGUGCCUGAAACAGAGCAAGGAACGAUGCUUACACAAACACAUGCAUACAGAAGAAAUUCCCUUAUCCAACUCUUAAGUAACUCUUACAUAACAUGUGUUGGACAGUGGAGAGACUCCAUGUGUGUAGCAAUAGAUUUGUCCAUUAGGCCUUCCACACUUUUUAUUAUUUUUGAGAUGGAUUGGAUACUGUGCAUCAGUGGUACCUAGUGGACAAGAAGAAACACACGUCCUGGUAUUCGUUUUUUAUGACCACAUGACCUGACAAGGAAAAACUCUGGGUCCUAGUUAUUGGUCAAUCUGUUCAGGUCACAUGGUUAGGAAAAACUCAUGGCUUGAGUUGUAGUACACUUCUCGGGUUUGCUUAGAUCUCUCUCUCUACCCCUUUCUAUCUCUCUAUCCCUGUCCCUCUCCUGCUCACUGCUGCUCAGUAUGUCAGCAGGUUAAGAGAUGCAACCUAAUAGUGCAGUGCCCAUCACAUGUCUGUCUGUGUGUGUGUGUGUGUGUGUGUGUGUGUGUGUGUGUGUGUGUGUGUGUGUGUGUGUAUGUCUGUCUGUGUGUAUUGGUUGUCUUCCUCCAGCUCCAAGCUGCAUCGUGCUGUUCUUUGUGUUGAUGUUCACUCGGUUCUGGCUGAUCAGCGUGCUGUACGCCUGCUGGUGGUUCAUCGACUGGGAAACACCAUCCAAGGGGGGCAACAGGGUUCACUUCCUCUCCAAUCUACGUGUCUGGGACUACAUGAGGGACUACUUCCCUGUAAAGCUAGUGAAGACAGCGGACUUGGACCCCAGGCAGAACUACAUCCUUGGUUUUCAUCCCCAUGGGAUCCUGGUGGCUGGAGCCUUCACUAACUUCUGCACGUACGCUACAGGCUUCAGGAAACUGUUCCCUGGACUGGACAGCUUUCUGCUGAUGCUACCUCUCUGGUUCAGAGCCCCCUUCUUCAGAGACUACAUCAUGAUGGCAGGUUUGAUUCCCUCGGACAAGGAGAGUGCCAGCUAUCUGUUACGUCGACAGGGAGGUGGGAAUGCCGUUGUUAUAGCAGUAGGAGGAGCCCCCGAGGCCCUUGACGCACACCCUGGCGCCUUCACCAUUCUCUUAGCCAAUAAGAAGGGCUUCAUCAAACUGGCAAUGGAACAUGGUGCCCAUCUGGUGCCGGUCUUCUCCUUCGGGGAGAAUGAGUUGUUCGACCAGGUGGAGAACCCUCGAGGCACCUGGAUCCGCUUGAUUCAGGACAAGCUGCAGAGCAUCAUGGGUAUCUCUCUGCCCCUCUUCCACGCGCGGGGCAUUUUCCAGUACAGCUAUGGUAUCAUGCCCUACAGGAAGCCCAUCAACACUGUGGUGGGACGGCCAAUCAGAGUGGAGAAGAAUGAGAAGCCCACAGUGGAGGAGCUUGACGCCCUCCAUCAGCUUUACACAGAAGAACUCAGCCAGCUGUUUGAGGAGCACAAGGGCAAGUAUGGAGUGCCAGAGGACCAACACCUCAGCUUUGUCUGAGCAGGACUCAUAACCAGGAGAGAUAUAGAGAGAGAGAGAGGGGAGAGGGAGAGAAAGGGACGAGAGAGAGGGGGUAGAGGUAUGUUGGGAGAGAGAGAUAAAGAAAGAGAGAGAGUGAGAGAGAGAGAGAGAGAGACUGAAAGAGAGAGGGGAAGGGGGAGGGGGGCAUCAAAACCGUAAUUGGAGUUGCACCACCAAGUUCUUUCACUUUCCUCAACCAGAAAAACAUUUACAGCUAUAACCAUCUGAAGGAUCCAGACCAAACUACAGGAGAAGUAACACGAGGAAUUGAUAUGGACAUUCUUAGCCAAGAUAUGGACAAAUAUUUCCCGUCAUGAAAGCACUGUGUUAUGUAUGUUAACUAGAUUCAGCUGCGGGCCUAUUUUUUCUUGAGUCGGAGGGCCGGGACAUAAUUGCAAAUAAUUUGGAGACUGCAAAAUGACCGCAAGAAGCCCAAACAGAUAUAGUGUUUGACGAAAACUUGCUUACAUUUGUAUAUGACCAAAUGUCUCUCUAUUAUGCAUGAGAAUACUUGGGAACAGAUUUCUAAAAGUAAAAUCACUUGGAGCUAAUCUCCUGGUGUUUUUACAAUCUAUUAUGUCCAUCAAUUAAAAAAUUAAAACAUUGUAUUUUUUUUGCUCAGAACUUGGGGGGCCAAAUAAAACCACCUAUGAGCCAAAUUCGGCCCUCGGGCAGCCAGUUGGGGAACCCUGUCCUAGAGCCACAUUUUUGCCUUAAUCCACAGAUAAAGUGACGUCUGUCUGGGCAAUUCGAGACUUGUAUAAGUCCGUAGAUCCUAUCAAAUAAAAGUCAGAGGUUGAAUGGAGAUUUCAUGUAAUGGGGUGAUGCACUGUAUCCUCACUUACAGUAUAUAAGGCCUCUAGGUCUCCUAUAUCAAAAACACACUAGGAAAAACUGGGAAUAAUUCUCAUUUUACUCACUGUUUUUACAUAAUAAUACUAUAUCUGGUUAAAAGUUUCCAUUUACAGUAUAUAUUUAACUUCCCAACUUAUUAAUUUUAAAUGUCUUUGUCUUAAUGUCUCUGUCAUGUAUACAUUUUUCACAAUAUUGUAAUAUAAAAUCUGUUAAAAUAACUGAUACUAUUUUUCUCAAUUGCAUAGUUUUUAUUAUAAUACCAGUUCAUUUAUUUUAAUAAAGGUGAUUUCAGGUCUCA